UGACAAAUUUACACAAAAAAAAUCUUGUAUUCAGCCCCGCCUUCUUCGCUAUUAAUUUUUAUCAGAGUUUUCGCGUUGCUGUUGUCAUCGUUGAGUACGCGUUAGAGAGGUGAUGACAAAUAGAGCAACAUGACAGAGAAGAUAACGCUAGCCGAUGCGCUAUCCAAUGUGGAGGUGCUGGAUGAGAUUCCGCUGCCAGAUGAGCAGCCGUGCAUAGAGGCACAACCCUGCUCCAUUAUUUACAAGGCGAAUUUCGAUACAAAUUUCGAGGAUCGCAAUGGGUUCGUCACUGGUAUUGCUAAGUAUAUCGAAGAGGCGACUACUCAUGCCAAUUUGAAUGUUUUGUUAGAUGAGGGUCAGAAACAUGCCGUUAUGCUGUACACCUGGCGCUGUUGCUCACGCGCUAUACCACAGCCAAAAUCCAACGAGCAGCCCAAUCGCGUUGAGAUCUAUGAGAAAACAGUGGAAGUGCUUGCGCCGGAAGUGAAUAAGCUGUUGAACUUUAUGUACUUUCAACGCAAAGCGAUUGAGGCAUUCUCUGGUGAAGUAAAGCGUCUUUGUCAUGCAGAGAAACGCAAGGAUUUUGUAUCGGAGGCAUAUUUAUUAACUCUUGGCAAAUUUAUCAACAUGUUUGCCGUGCUGGAUGAGCUUAAGAAUAUGAAGUCAAGCGUGAAGAACGAUUACUCCACUUACCGACGUGCAGCACAAUUUCUUAAAGUAAUGUCGGACUCACAUACGCUGCAGGAGUCGCAAAAUCUUUCCAUGUUCCUGGCCACACAGAACAAAAUACGAGAUACCGUUAAGGAUACGCUGGAAAAGAUUGUUGGCUAUGAAGAUUUGCUAUCCGAUGUGGUCAACAUUUGCGUGCACAUGUUUGAGACAAAAAUGUAUUUAACUCCUGAGGAGAAACAUAUGCUGGUGAAAGUUAUGGGCUUUGGUCUGUUUCUCAUGGACAGCGAUGCUUGUAACAUCAACAAGCUGGAUCAAAAAAAGAAGAUACGCCUGGAUCGGAUUGACCGCAUUUUCAAAAACUUAGAGGUAGUGCCGCUCUUUGGCGAUAUGCAAAUAGCGCCAUUUAAUUAUAUCAAACGCAGCAAACACUUUGAUCAAAGCAAAUGGCCGCUAUCCAGCUCAAAUGCCAUAAGUCCACAGGCUGAUCUUAUGGUGCACUUGCCACAAAUACGCGAGGAUCAUGUCAAGUACAUAUCCGAACUGGCCAGGUAUACCAAUGAAGUGACCACCACAGUCAAGGAGAACCCUUCGGAUGCUGAGAAUCGCAUUACCGCAGACUUGGCAUUGCGUGGUCUACAGCUGCUCUCCGAGUGGACUAGCGUGGUGACAGAAUUAUAUUCGUGGAAGCUACUGCACCCAACGGAUCACCAUCAGAACAAGGACUGCCCUGUAGAGGCGGAAGAGUAUGAACGCGCCACACGCUACAAUUAUACUUCAGAGGAAAAGUUUGCCUUGAUUGAGGUAAUUGCCAUGAUCAAGGGUCUGCAGGUGCUCAUGGCACGCAUUGAGACAGUGCUCUGCGAGGCCAUACGUCGCAACAUUUACUCUGAGUUGCAGGACUUUGUGCAGCUAACGCUGCGCGAACCCUUGCGCAAAGCGGUGAAAAACAAAAAGGAUCUUAUCCGCAGCAUCAUUAUGUCGGUGCGUGAAACAUCAGCCGAUUGGCAAAAGGGCUACGAGCCCACCGAUGACCCCGUUGCUAAGGGAAAAAAGGAUCCGGAUGGCGGCUUUCGCAUACAUGUACCGCGUCUGAAUGUUGGGCCUUCGUCCACGCAGCUCUAUAUGGUGCGCACCAUGCUGGAGUCCUUGAUUGCCGAUAAGAGUGGUGGCAAGCGUACGCUACGCAAAGACAUCGAUGGAAACUGUCUUAUGCAAAUUGACACGUUUCACAAGACUUCGUUCUAUUGGAGCUACUUGCUCAACUUGAGCGAUACGCUGCAAAAAUGUUGUGACUUAUCGCAGCUCUGGUAUCGUGAGUUCUACUUGGAAAUGACAAUGGGUCGCAAGGUGAACAAGUGUAUGGUGCGCCAUCAGCACAAUGAGGAAUGUAAGGAUUUGAUUACCAUGGAGAAACGCAUACAGUUCCCCAUUGAAAUGUCCAUGCCCUGGAUUUUAACUGAUCACAUAUUGCAAACUAAAGAGCCCUCAAUGAUGGAAUUUGUGCUGUAUCCCUUGGAUUUGUACAACGACUCUGCGCAUUAUGCACUUACUGUCUUCCGAAAACAAUUUCUAUACGACGAGGUUGAGGCUGAGGUUAAUUUGUGCUUUGAUCAGUUUGUCUAUAAAUUGAGCGAGCAAAUAUUUGCACACUACAAACAGCUGGCGGGCAGCAUUUUCCUGGACAAGCGUUUCCGUCUGGAGUGCGAGGUACUUGGUUUCAAUUUCCAAUCCUAUCCACGCAACAAUCGUUACGAAACAUUACUUAAGCAACGACAUGUUCAACUAUUGGGUCGCUCUAUUGAUUUGAACAAAUUGAUUACACAGCGAAUUAAUGCUAAUAUGCACAAGAGUAUUGAACUGGCUAUCAGUCGCUUUGAGGGCAAUGAUAUUACCGGCAUUGUGGAACUUGAGGGGCUCUUGGAAGCUAAUCGUAUUUGUCACAAGAUGCUUAGCAAAUACUUGGCUUUGGAUAAUUUUGAUGGCAUGGUCAAGGAGGCUAAUCAUAAUGUCUUGGCGCCAUAUGGACGCAUCACCUUGCAUGUAUUUGUGGAAUUGAACUAUGACUUUCUUGUUAAUUACUGUUACAAUGCAGCAACAAAUCGAUUUAUACGCACUAAGGUGAAUUUAUCAUCCUCGCAAGCAAUACAGCGGGAAAAGCCGCCACAGAUGUCACAUUACUAUUUGUGGGGUUCCAAGCAAUUGAAUGCUGCCUAUUCCACGCAAUAUGGUCAAUACACUGGCUUUGUUGGCGCACCACAUUUCCAUGCUAUGUGUCGUCUGCUGGGGUAUCAGGGCAUUGCUGUCGUGAUGGAUAUUAUUUUAAAGGACAUUGUGAAGCCAUUGAUACAAGGCUCAUUGUUGCAAUUUACCAAAACGCUUAUGAUUGCCAUGCCCAAGUCUUGCAAGCUGCCACGUUGUGAAUACGGCUCACCCGGUGUUCUCAGCUAUUACCAGGCGCAUCUAACGGACAUUGUGCAAUAUCCGGACACUAAAACUGAACUGUUUCAGUCGUUCCGCGAAUUUGGCAAUUGCAUUAUCUUUUGUCUACUAAUUGAGCAGGCUUUGUCGCAGGAGGAGGUGUGCGAUUUGCUGCAUGCAGCGCUCUUCCAAAACAUUUUCCCUCGCCCAUUCUGCAAAGAAAACGAGAAGCCAGAGGCCAAACAGAAGCGACUUGAAGCUCAAUUCGCCAACUUGCAAAUUGUUUCCAAUGUGGAGAAAAUAGGCACAGCCAAGCAAGCAAUCAUAGCUAGAGAAGGAGAUUUAUUGACACGCGAGCGUCUCUGUUGUGGCUUGAGCAUCUUUGAGGUCAUUUUGAAUCGCGUCAAGAGCUAUUUGGAUGAUCCUGUAUGGACUGGUCCACCGCCUGCUAAUGGGAUUAUACAUGUGGACGAAUGCUCUGAGUUUCAUCGUCUAUGGUCUGCCUUACAGUUUGUCUACUGUAUACCGGUGCGCGGCACUGAGUACACUAUCGAGGAAUUGUUUGGUGAGGGUCUCAACUGGGCUGGCUGCAUCAUGAUUGUGCUGCUUGGACAACAGCGUCGUUUUGAAGCGUUGGACUUUUGCUAUCAUAUUCUGCGAGUGCAGCGUGUCGAUGGCAAGAACGAAGAUGUUAAGGGCAUUCAAUUAAAAGCCAUGGUGGAUCGCAUUCGACGCUUCCAAGUAUUAAAUUCACAAAUAUUCUCCAUACUUAAUAAAUAUCUAAAGGGCGGCGACGGUGAAGGCUCAAAUGUGGAGCAUGUACGAUGCUUUCCACCACCGCAGCAUCCAUCUGUUAUAUCGUCCUCGUCACACUACCAGGAUCCACAGAAGCUGCGGCAAAGCAUGAACAAUUAAAUAACAAUGACGCAUUUAAUUUAAUCGUAGACACUUACGUUAAUAUCUAACCGCAAUUAUAUGCAAUUUAUCUAUGCAACUCAUGGGUGUGCACCAAAUUAAAAGUUUAGACUUUCUGCAUGUCUGUUGGGAAAUACAUACAUUCGAUUUUAU